AUGUCCGCCACGCCCUCCACGAUGGAAAUGCUGACAGUGUGCCGCGCCGCCACGAAGAUCCACUACGCACUCUGUCGCCGUCCGAAUCAGACCGACAAGGGCGAGAAGUUGGCAAACUGGUUCAAAAACUUCUUCGCCGCGCUCGACAGCGCGUACGACUUCCAGGCAGAGUACAAGUUCAACACCUGGCCGUGCUACACCCUCGGCGCGUUCUACGAGUACGAAAAAGGCAGGCGAGUCAAAGAAUACAAGGCGUCUCCUUUCAAUAUCGUACCCAUUGCCGACACCAUGGCCGCCAAGAAGGCUGGGUACGACUUCGAUUUGAAGAUCGUCGGUAAUGAUCACGGCGACAUAUGGGUCCUCCCAACCGAUGAAAUUGACCUUGGCUGGUGUUACGACCACGCGACUGUCACGAACGCGCCCACAUCGCAGGGCAAAAACGUUGCCACUGAAGGCGCUAAGAAGUUGGGCGGCACGAGGUCCGGAAAUGCGAAGAGUGCCGGAAGUGCCACGAUUGCCGGUGGGUCGGAGACUGCCGGUGGCGAAGAGACAGCCGGUUCGUCGAAGACCACCGGGGCAUCAAAGACUGCCGGUGCAUCCAAGACUACCGGCACGCCGAACAUUUCCGGUCUUCCGGACACUUCCGGCAACACGAACGUGCCCGAGAGUUCCACCACCGGCACGACUCGGAACAGCACGGUCAAGAGGUUUCACGCAAGGAUGUCCAGGACCACUAAAAAACCUGCACCAACCGGGAAGGCGGGUCGUAAGACGAACAAAGACAAGAAGGGCAAGGGUCGGGCUACGGCCCAGCCGACCACCGACAAUGAAGUCGGCGAUGCGGCAGAGGAAGAUAAUGACGAGAGUGAGGAGGAUAUUCCUAUCGAAGACGUUCGCAAAACCCGGAAGAAGGUCGUGACCUUCAAAGACCCCGACACUCCGGCAGCGCCGAACAAGAGGAGGGCCCCAUCCAGAACGCCAGACGAACGGAAGAAGGCGCCGACGACACAGCCCAGGGCCAACACCGGUUCUCCAGAUGCACCCCCGAUCAAGGACGACGAGGACGCCACCACGAAGAAGAAGGUGAAGAGGGUAACUCGGCCGAAACACCCUGGGAACAUUGCGCCCGAACCCAACUUUGAGCCCUUCCCGAACCACAAAGAUCGGAUACCCGUGGGGGUCAUUAAGAAGGACGGGCCGAAUCAGCACCUCCGUUGUGAGCGCUGCAAAGCCGGCGGUACCGACUGCCGGUUCUUCGUCUUCGACGGGACAUACUGCUGUGGCUGCCGAGUCAAGAAGGUGGCCUGCGAAAACUCGCCAAUCGCGCACGGAAAGCUCGCAGCUGCGGCAUACCGGGCGUACCGGGCUGCCGUUCAAUUGGCGAACCCAGCGAGGUAUCCGGAUCCGGUUUUGCUCUCCCGCCUAUUGUUGGGUCUACAGGACUGCGACAUCGUGAACUGGUUUUUUGACUGGUUCUGGGACUUUUACGAGCUGAACGACGAGGAACGCGACAGGAGGAUCGCAAACUCGGCAUACCAUCUCGAGCUCCAUGUGGAGGGGUGGACAACUCCGAUCAAGAGAAUUCCCGGUGAUGUCGAGGUUACCAAGGACUCGGUUGAUUAUCCGAAACCUCGCAGGGAAAGAAAGUCUGGCAGGGGCAACAAGUCUUCUCACACCAAGGAGGUCGUCGACACUGACGCGGAGAUGACGGAGGCCGAAGGAGACGACCGUGGCUCUUCCGAACCGCCUGCCAAGAAGAGGGCGUUAACGGAAGAUCCAAUGGACCCCUUGCGCGACUUCCAGCCUGAAUCACAUGUGGCCUUUCCCACAGUCGAAGCCACUAUGCGCGCGAUGCAAGCCCAGAUGAACGAGAUGGCGCGCGAAAUUGCGAUUCUCAGAGCGGCCAUGAUCCCAUCCGGUAAUGCCUUUGCCGGUGGUCCGUUCAUGUGGCCGGCAAUCCCGAACGUAUCAGGCUGGGUUUUCCGGCCACGGUGGGACGAAUACUCACACAACGGCAUGUACUUCAAUCAUCAAGCCCAUGCUGCUGGUCUUUCCGGUGCCAAUCAGCGGGGAGUACCGCAGGCAUAUGGAGGCAUCGCCGACGUCAACCAAUAUGGCAUCCAGAACGGCAUGCAGUCCGCCUCCCUUCUGGUGUGUUCUACCCCCUCUUUGGGUAUGGACUGGGCCGAGAUCCCUGUCGCCGCUAGUGCCGGCAACACCGGUCAGUUCGGUAAUGUUCCGACCAUCUGGCCCGUGCCGGCACUGACCAUGGACGACGGCCGUCGACACAACACCGCGGGAACGGUUUUACCUCCUGCGGACCUGUCGGCACCACCCCCAAGGCCGACUCCCCUUCUCCGCCUGCUGUUGCCGUCCCUCUCCCGGUCAAUGAGCUUGGACGGCAAGACCUCCGAGGCCGACGGUGGCGAGGUCUCGAAGACAGACGCUCCUGCCGCCACUUCUGAGGAGCCUGCGACGGCCCACAUCGAAGACAUGGAAGCCAAGUCCGAUGCCGGGAGCGAUCCUGACGCCGAUGGACAGGACGAGCUGGGCCCCAAUGCCGAAGUGGAGGGUGAGAUUCGUGUCGGUAUUCCGUCGGUAAAGGAAUCGGUAACGUUGUCCCAGGAGGCCGGUGAGGAGCAGGACAUGGACAUCUCCGCUUGA